GAGGGAGGGAGGAACCUGGGAAAAAAGUGCUCGGCGCCCAAGGCGAGGUCCGCACUCCUCGUCCCGGCGGUUGGUGCAGGACCUCACUCGAGCAGAGCGCCCACGGGGAGCGGGUCGCGGGGCGGCGGCGGCCAGGGGAGGCGAGCAGGAGUUGGAGGAGUUGGAGGAGGCGAGAGCGAGCGAGCCGAGCGGGGUCCCGGCCGCCCCGCGGGCCAAGGUCGAGCCCUCCUGCCCGUGGGCGAGCGCACCCGCAGACCCGUCCCGGAGAGCCGCUGCCACAAAGAGAACGGGCCGGCGCCUGCUCCCCAUGACUUCCUGAGGUCGUGCCGGCCCCGCUGAGUCCGCUGCCCGGGCCGAGCCCGCGCCCCCGAGCGUCCCUGCGCGCCCCGACCCGUGCCCAGCCGGCAUGGAUGUCCACACCCGCUGGAAAGCGCGUAGCCCGCUCCGCCAGGGCGCCCCGCUGCUGUCCCCGCCGCUGCUGUUGGUGCUGCUGCUGCUGCUGUGGGCACCGCCUCCGAGCCGCGCAGCUCAGCCGGCAGAUCUCCUGAAGGUUCUAGAUUUUCACAACUUGCCUGAUGGAAUAACCAAGACAACAGGUUUUUGCACAACGCGGCGCUCGGCCAAAGGCCCGGAUGUUGCUUACAGAGUCACGAAAGAUGCCCAGCUCAGCGCGCCCACCAAGCAGCUGUACCCCGCGUCUGCGUUUCCCGAGGACUUCUCCAUUCUAACCACUGUGAAAGCCAAGAAGGGCAGCCAGGCCUUCCUGGUGUCCAUCUACAACGAGCAGGGUAUCCAGCAAAUCGGUCUGGAGAUGGGCCGCUCGCCUGUCUUCCUCUACGAGGACCACACGGGGAAACCGGGCCCAGAAGACUACCCCCUCUUCAGGGGUAUCAACCUGUCAGAUGGCAAGUGGCACAGAAUUGCACUCAGCGUCCACAAGAAAAAUGUCACCUUGAUCCUGGACUGUAAAAAGAAGGCCACGAAAUUCCUUGACCGCAGUGACCACCCCAUCAUAGACGUCAAUGGCAUCAUUGUGUUUGGCACCCGGAUUCUGGAUGAAGAAGUGUUUGAGGGUGACAUUCAGCAGCUGCUCUUCGUCUCGGACCACCGGGCAGCGUACGAUCAGUGCGAGCACUACAGUCCUGACUGUGACACUGCCGUCCCCGACACCCCCCAGUCUCAGGACCCCAACCCAGAUGAAUACUACCCGGAAGGAGAUGGGGAAGGCGAGACCUAUUACUACGAGUACCCCUACUACGAGGACACGGACGACCCCAGCAAGGAGCCCGCGCCCACCAGGAAGCCUGUGGAAGCUGCUAGAGAGACCACGGAGGUGGCCGAGGAGCUGACCCCGCCCCCCACGAUCGCCCCUCUGCUGCCCGGCACUGGAGAGGGGGCCGGGAAGGAGGAGGACCCCGGCCUAGGGGAGUAUGACUAUGUGCCCAGUGAGGACUACUACACGCCGUCCCCGUACGAGGACCUCAGCUAUAUCGAGGGCAUUGAGGACCCUGAUCAGCUCCCCGACCACGGCGCAGGGCCCGGCGUGCCCACCAGCACAGCUGGCACCUCCAACGCCUCCAACCCAGCUCUGCCUCCGGGGGGAGGGAAGGAUGACCUGGAGGGGGAGUUCACCGAAGAAACCGUCAAGAACCUGGAUGAGAACUACUACGACCCUUACUACGACCCCACCGUCUCCCCGUCGGAGAUCGGACCGGGCAUGCCAGCAAACCAGGACACCAUCUUCGAAGGGAUUGAUGGACCACGGGGCGAGAAAGGUCAAAAGGGAGAACCCGCCAUCAUUGAACCCGGAAUGCUCUUGGAGGGGCCACCGGGUCCUGAAGGCCCCGCGGGUCUCCCAGGACCUCCAGGAACGAUGGGUCCCACUGGCCAAGUUGGUGACCCUGGAGAAAGGGGUCCCCCUGGGCGCCCAGGUCUUCCCGGGGCUGACGGGCUGCCUGGCCCCCCUGGAACCAUGCUCAUGCUGCCGUUCCGGUUUGGAGGGGGUGGCGAUGCCAGCUCCAAAGGCCCCAUGGUCUCAGCCCAGGAGUCCCAAGCUCAAGCCAUUCUGCAGCAGGCCCGGUUGGCGUUGAGGGGGCCGGCUGGCCCAAUGGGUCUUACUGGGAGACCCGGCCCUGUGGGCCCUCCUGGGAGCGGAGGUUUGAAGGGCGAGCCGGGAGACAUGGGUCCUCAGGGCCCCCGAGGUGUGCAGGGCCCGCCCGGCCCCACAGGAAAGCCUGGGAGAAGGGGGCGGGCUGGCAGUGACGGAGCAAGAGGGAUGCCUGGACAGACUGGCCCCAAGGGUGACCGCGGCUUCGACGGCCUGGCUGGGCUGCCGGGAGAGAAGGGCCACAGGGGUGACCCUGGUCCUUCUGGCCCGCCGGGACCUCCGGGAGACGACGGAGAAAGGGGUGACGAUGGAGAAGUGGGGCCCCGAGGGCUGCCUGGGGAACCUGGACCGCGUGGUCUGCUGGGGCCAAAGGGUCCCCCGGGCCCUCCUGGACCUCCUGGUGUGACGGGUAUGGAUGGCCAAACAGGUCCGAAAGGAAACGUGGGUCCCCAGGGAGAGCCUGGCCCCCCGGGACAGCAGGGCAAUCCAGGAGCCCAGGGUCUUCCAGGGCCGCAGGGUGCAAUCGGUCCUCCAGGAGAAAAGGGUCCCCUGGGUAAACCAGGCCUGCCAGGGAUGCCCGGCGCUGAUGGACCCCCAGGGCACCCUGGCAAAGAAGGCCCUCCAGGAGAGAAGGGAGGCCAGGGUCCACCUGGCCCCCAGGGCCCAAUCGGCUAUCCGGGACCACGGGGAGUCAAGGGGGCAGAUGGCAUCCGUGGUCUGAAGGGUACCAAGGGUGAGAAGGGAGAAGAUGGCUUUCCGGGGUUCAAAGGAGACAUGGGCAUCAAGGGCGAUCGGGGUGAGAUCGGCCCACCUGGUCCCAGAGGGGAAGAUGGCCCUGAAGGCCCGAAAGGCCGUGGAGGUCCGAAUGGCGACCCAGGUCCUCUGGGACCCUCAGGAGAGAAGGGAAAACUCGGAGUCCCGGGGUUACCAGGUUACCCAGGAAGGCAAGGGCCAAAGGGUUCAAUUGGAUUUCCUGGAUUUCCCGGUGCCAAUGGAGAGAAGGGUGGCAGGGGCACCCCUGGGAAGCCAGGACCUCGGGGACAACGCGGCCCGACGGGUCCACGGGGUGAAAGAGGCCCCCGGGGCAUCACCGGGAAGCCUGGCCCCAAGGGCAACUCUGGAGGUGACGGCCCGGCCGGCCCUCCAGGUGAACGGGGACCCAAUGGACCCCAAGGACCCACGGGCUUUCCUGGACCAAAGGGCCCCCCUGGCCCUCCGGGCAAGGAUGGGCUCCCAGGACACCCUGGACAGAGAGGCGAGACCGGUUUCCAAGGCAAGACCGGCCCCCCAGGUCCUCCAGGUGUGGUCGGCCCUCAGGGUCCUACAGGAGAAACUGGUCCAAUGGGCGAGCGUGGCCACCCUGGGCCCCCAGGCCCUCCAGGUGAACAGGGGCUCCCAGGCCUUGCCGGGAAAGAAGGGACGAAGGGUGACCCAGGCCCUGCUGGCCUUCCUGGGAAAGAUGGCCCUCCAGGACUACGCGGCUUUCCUGGGGACCGAGGGCUCCCUGGUCCAGUGGGAGCGCUUGGACUGAAAGGCAGCGAGGGUCCCCCUGGCCCACCUGGCCCCGCGGGAUCUCCGGGGGAGAGAGGUCCGGCCGGUGCCGCUGGGCCUAUCGGAAUUCCGGGGAGACCUGGGCCUCAGGGACCUCCAGGGCCGGCUGGAGAGAAAGGUGCUCCUGGCGAGAAAGGGCCACAAGGCCCAGCUGGCCGAGACGGUCUCCAGGGUCCUGUGGGACUCCCCGGUCCGGCUGGCCCCGUGGGCCCCCCUGGAGAAGAUGGAGAUAAGGGAGAGAUCGGAGAGCCAGGACAGAAGGGGAGCAAGGGGGACAAAGGUGAACAGGGUCCACCUGGGCCUACGGGUCCUCAAGGCCCCAUCGGACAGCCAGGCCCCUCCGGAGCUGACGGCGAGCCAGGGCCUCGAGGCCAGCAGGGCCUUUUUGGGCAGAAAGGUGACGAAGGUCCGCGAGGUUUCCCUGGGCCCCCUGGACCUGUGGGGCUGCAGGGUCUGCCAGGACCUCCAGGAGAGAAGGGCGAGACGGGGGACGUGGGUCAGAUGGGCCCUCCAGGUCCCCCCGGUCCCCGAGGACCCUCUGGAGCUCCAGGCGCCGACGGUCCACAAGGUCCCCCUGGUGGAAUAGGCAACCCUGGUGCCGUGGGAGAGAAGGGUGAGCCUGGUGAAGCUGGAGAGCCUGGCCUUCCCGGAGAAGGGGGCCCCCCGGGACCCAAAGGAGAAAGGGGAGAGAAGGGUGAGGCCGGCCCUUCUGGUGCUGCAGGACCCCCUGGACCCAAAGGCCCUCCCGGAGAUGACGGUCCGAAAGGCAGUCCUGGCCCCGUCGGUUUUCCCGGAGACCCCGGUCCCCCCGGAGAGCCCGGCCCCGCGGGUCAGGAUGGUCCCCCUGGUGACAAAGGAGAUGAUGGCGAGCCCGGGCACGCAGGAUCCCCGGGCCCCACUGGUGAACCAGGUCCAUCUGGGCCUCCAGGAAAAAGGGGUCCCCCCGGGCCCGCAGGCCCUGAAGGCAGACAGGGAGAGAAAGGAGCCAAGGGAGAAGCUGGCUUGGAAGGCCCUCCUGGGAAGACUGGCCCCAUUGGCCCCCAGGGGGCCCCUGGGAAGCCCGGGCCGGACGGCCUGCGAGGGAUCCCCGGCCCUGUGGGGGAACAAGGUCUCCCGGGAUCCCCAGGCCCCGACGGCCCCCCUGGCCCCAUGGGUCCCCCAGGACUCCCCGGCCUCAAAGGAGAUUCUGGCCCCAAAGGGGAAAAGGGUCAUCCCGGCCUGAUUGGACUCAUCGGCCCUCCGGGUGAACAGGGUGAAAAGGGUGACCGCGGGCUCCCCGGCCCCCAGGGCUCCUCUGGCCCUAAGGGAGAACAGGGUAUCACUGGUCCUUCUGGCCCGAUCGGCCCCCCGGGCCCCCCCGGCUUACCGGGUCCUCCUGGUCCGAAAGGUGCUAAGGGCUCCUCGGGUCCAACUGGCCCAAAGGGUGAAGCAGGCCACCCCGGACCCCCCGGCCUGCCGGGCCCCCCGGGCGAGGUCAUCCAGCCCCUGCCGAUCCAGGCAUCCCGGACAAGGAGGAACAUUGAUGCCAGCCAGAUGCUGGACGACGGGGACGGUGAGAACUACAUGGAUUACGCGGACGGCAUGGAGGAGAUCUUCGGCUCACUCAACUCCCUGAAGCUGGAGAUCGAGCAGAUGAAGCGGCCGCUGGGCACGCAGGAGAACCCCGCCCGCACCUGCAAGGACCUGCAGCUGUGCCAUCCCGACUUCCCAGACGGUGAAUACUGGGUGGAUCCGAACCAGGGCUGCUCCAAGGACUCUUUCAAAGUUUACUGCAACUUCACAGCUGGAGGGGCCACAUGCGUCUUCCCCGACAAGAAGUCCGAGGGGAGUAAAAUGGCCCGAUGGCCCAAAGAACAGCCUUCUACCUGGUAUAGUCAGUACAAGCGAGGGUCCCUGCUCUCCUACGUGGACGCCGAGGGCAACCCCGUGGGCGUGGUCCAGAUGACCUUCCUGCGUCUGCUGAGCGCUUCUGCUCACCAGAAUAUCACGUACAACUGCUACCAGUCGGUCGCUUGGCAGGACGCCGCCACGGGCAGCUAUGACAAGGCCAUGCGCUUCCUGGGCUCCAAUGACGAGGAGAUGUCCUAUGACAACAGCCCCUACAUCCGCGCCCUGGUGGAUGGCUGCGCUACGAGGAAAGGCUAUCAGAAGACGGUGCUGGAGAUCGACACGCCCAGGGUGGAGCAGGUGCCAAUCGUGGACAUCAUGUUCCACGACUUCGGGGAAGCGGCACAGAAAUUCGGAUUUGAAGUGGGGCCGGCUUGCUUCCUGGGCUAGGAGCCCGGCCCCCACGACCAACCUCGUGACCUCAGCGCGCCGCCUGUGGGUGUCCUGGACAGUGAAGGCCCCUCGUCCCUCCCCCGACCUCGUCUGCACCUCAGCACCCCACCGGGCCGCACCCCAAACCAGAGAGCAAAGGGAAAGAGCCAUGUCCCCACCCCGGAGCCGAAUCACGUGACCUAGAUGUCCUACGGCCGCUGGGCCCGAACGUUCUGUGGACACCACGCUCCACAGGGAUGGGAACAGGGCCACGCUUCUUGCCACUGAGCUGACCGAUGGCGUUCGUGGAGGGUCCGCAGGGCUGGGGGGUGGGGCCAUGGUAUUUGGAGAUCACUCUUUUUAAAAAAUUCCACUUGAAGAUGUGUAUUCCCCCUGACCUUCACAAAAUGUUCCGAGGCAGGCCGCGUAAAGGUCACCCCCACCCGCCAGAGCCUCCGGUCCCAACAACACCAUCCGCUCACGGGCCAAAUGUCGUUCGUCACGGGCCUUCCCGACGGAUCAAAGGUGCUUUUGUUUUUGUGAGUUUUAAGUAAAUAUUUGUAUUGUGUUGUCAUGAAUGUUCAGUGUCCCUGACUUUCAAUCACGCAUGGAAACUCAGCUCAGUCCCAUUGGGACAAGGAGCAGGUGUCCCCUCUGGAUGAAAUCUGAUUCUGCUGAGACACGGGAGGCCCCCCAACCCUGGACAAGAACGUGCCCUAACUUGGAAAUUCGCCCAGAGCAGCGAGGAUUCAUGCCACCAUGUAAACACCAGGUGCCAGUACCCUUUCCUGACAACUUUUUAUUAGCUCUGGAUUCUUUUUUUUAAUGGGGAAGCAGAAAAGAAUUUUACACUUUACCUUUUCUACAUGCACUCAGAUUAAAAGGCAGGCUUCAAUUAACUUUAAUGGCUCCCUUUUUCCACUUUUCUUCCUGCAGGCCUGGUGGGAGGAUGGCCAGGGCAGGAAACCACGUUUUCUGUAGAUGAUAACAAAAUGAAAAUUGGUGCUUAUUUUUACACUUCUCUUUUGUGGUGCUAUCUGUUCUGAGACCUUGAGGGCGACCCUGGGGGUUCCUGGCCAUGCCUCACUCCCACCUUCCUCCACAAUCCAGGUUUUUGCCAAGGACGGUAAGAUAAAUGCACAUCACCUUCCUCCCCACUGGGUUCCCUCAUUCUUGUGCCCCCAGACCGUGGUGCAGCUGCUCCCAGGUCUGUGACCAGUAUUCGUAGCUUCUGUGAUUUGAAAACACACAUACACAAUCCAAGACGCUGCCACGUUGUCUACGGUGUAACCAUAGCAGACUGUAUUCGGUUGCCGAAUGUUUGUGGUGCUAAUUUCUAUUUGUUCCAAGAACUGCAUCAAGCUCUUCAGUUGUCCCAUCUUCUCUCCGCGGGGCUGCCCCCCACGCGGCCUCAGCAGACAGAGACACAUGCAAGGAACUCUGUGUCUCUCGGGCCGCCAGCAGGGCCCCUUUCCCACGUGCAUGAUUUGAAAUGCCAUCUGCCUCAUCCUGGGCAGGCAAGGCUCGGCCCAGGUGUGGCCCCCUCCCCUAGGACGCGGGCCGCCUCCUGUGGGCGAGGACCCGAGGGCCGGCGAGCAAAGGCAUCCCUUUACUGUGAAAAGCUGCCCUCGCGCAAUGCCCUUUCUUCCCACGAUGGGAGAAGCAAGUUGGGCCCCAGGGCCCUGCACAGCCCCUCAGGAGCUGCUGUCCUCCCCCGACCCCGCCCUGCCGGCCAGAAUGUGGUUCCCGCUUAGGAGACCACAGCAGAGCCGUCCGGGAGAAACUCAACACCACCCACGAGAACUUCCUGAAUGCCCGUGGAAAUCGAGUCCUGCUCUUGCCAAAGAAAAGUCUGGCUUCAAGCAUCUUUCGAACCCAGGACGAAGCAUGCACCAAUGACUGUCAGGUUCAUCUCUUCUAAAGAAAAGCCAUACCCCAGGAUCGCCGCGUGCGCCCUGUGGGUUUCUCUAGGUCACGUGAUUCUGGUGGAAUUUCUCAUCCCUCCCGAACCCUCCCUUUAUUCUGUCAUCUUCCUCCGUUGGUCCCUUCAAAGCUGUUGUAAUUUGUACUGAAGUCAAAACGUGUCCCGUUCCCCCCCAGACCACUUAGCUGCGGUAUAUUGCAAUAAAAUUACUUCUUAUAUUUGCAGAAAUUCUUUUGGCGUAAUUUUAUUUUUUCCUCCUAAUCUAUAUAAUUGGACACGUGAGGACGCAAAGAAAAAGAAAACGGUAAACAGAAAACCUCUGCUGAAGAUUCUAGGACAUUUGACCCUUUAUUAAAAUAUAAUGUCAAAUGACGCAUUGUACAUUUCCUAAAAAUUCAAUAGACAUGUUCAUAAGUUUUAACUGUAAUGCCCAGGAAAGGGUGUUUUAAAAUAUUUUAAACCUGUGUAACAGAAGAACAAUUGUAAUAGUUUUUCAAUAAACCAAGUUUACUGUUUCCACUGUAAACACACAUGAUUGGCUGUCUUCUUAAGUGUGACCAGAGCUUUCCCUGUGUCACAGCCGUGUGUGAACCCAGUCGCAGGACAGUAGAAACUCGCAUCCGGGCAAUGGUCACAGAAAGAGGAGGAGACAGAGCCCAGGCCAUUGCCCAUGGACAAAGCUGUACCCCAGCUGCUGUUAGGGUGUGGUCAGGCGCCAGCUCGAGGCUUCCUGGGCAGUUUCCACAGUCCUUGGGUGUCCAGACCUGACUGCACAGGCCUCACCCUCACCCUGGGCAGUAGGUGCCUUGGGGUGGCAUGGUCCCAAGGCCGUCACACCCUGCUGUCCCAACACAUAGCAGGGUAAUAUUUCGGGGUCCCUUGGGUGGGGCUUGUGGCCCCUCCCAGUCAAUGACCCUGAGCAGGAGUGACGCAUGGCCCUUCCAGGCUGAAGCAGCAGUUCCCUCGUGCAUGUCCCCAUGGCUGCAUCCCCAGCAGUUUCCCAGGGGAGUCCCUGGCCAACCUGCGAUAAACUUGUCCCGCGAUCAAGAAACGUUUCGUUGCUUAAAGCCACCAAUGUCGGAAGGUGUUACUACAGCAAAACCUAGGCCAGUGCUUCUCCAAGUGUGGUCCGUGGCCCUGCAGCCACAGCGCGGUCUAGAUGGAAGCGCGAAUCCCUGGGUCGAGCCCGGACGGGGGGAGGGGGCAGAGGCCUGUGUUCUGUGAUUUGAUGAGGCCUCAGGUGGCCCAGGGCUCGCUCAGAACUGAGGGUUACCACCUGGGCCAUCCUGAAGGAGACAGGACAGUGCACCUGAGACUGGGGACUGCUUUCAGCACAAGAGACGGAAGUCGGCCGUGUCACGUCAGGCCUGGAAGCUGGAGCUGUUGUCAGAGGGUGGAAGGCUGCCCACCACCAGGGGCAUCGUGUGGUUGGUCAGGUGGCUGUUUGUUACCUGCGACGGACAGCUUGCUUGCAGGCUUGUAGCCCUGGGUCAGAGGUCAGAGGAGGACAGGGUCUCAGGCUGGCCACUCGGACUGCCCUUGGCAAGUAUGACGCGAGAAGGAGAAGCCCUGGGAAGACUGGCCAGAACGAAAGGAGACAGAGUCCACGGAUUCAGGAGUCUCAGGCCUGGAGGAGGGCCAUUUCCCAGCGUCGACGGUUUAACGCUUUGAGGGAUGCCCGCCAACGAAAGCUCGGGCAUCGCAGCUGUGAGCGGCACACCCGUCACCUGAAACCUCGGCCUGGAUGACGGUGCUGCCUAGUAAAUGACUCGGGAUGGACAGGGUGCGGCUCUCCCCUCCAAAGCUGCUGCAUGAAACAGCUGGGCUGCGGGAGUGUGGGAGCUGUGGCCUGAGCCUGGCGCAGGGAGCCGGCGAAACCCAGCAGGCUGAAGCCCAUUACCUGUUGGAGAGGUGUCCUGCACAGAGAGCUCCAGCCCACGUGAAGGAGUCGGUGGUCCUCAGGCCCCAGAACCCCCGGGGCUGCACCCAGAUGUGGGCAAGGGACGCCCGGGAAGAGAAGGAGCCUGCUGCCCUCGUUGGAGGCAGGUGCUGUGACCUCAACCCCAAAGGUGAGUAGACGGAGCCUCGGGAGAGGAGGGAGGAGAGGGUAGCGAGAGGCCCUGGGGGUGAGGCCCUGCAGAGCCCCCCACUUCUCUGUGCGUCUCCCCUCCCCCUGGGGACCCGGCUGAGGAAGGCACCUGCCUGUCCGCUAGGCUGUGGGAUGAGAGCCUGCAGGUG